AAUUAGGCAUGCCAGGCACGGCAAAUUCACAGCUAACCUUCCAAGAUUUUGAGAUCCGAGACAGGUCGUCAGCUACUCAGCUCGUCGAUCGCAGCUAACAACAGCCAACACAACAGGCAGCAAGAUUCAUCGCGCACGAAAUCUAUCUCUCGUCCUCCAUAAACCACCCCACCCCAGCUCACCACGCGCAUGCAUCGGCAUCCAUCGACCUCCCGAAACACCAGGGCGGCCAUCGAAACGGAAGCAGCCACUCGGGAGGAUAGGAGAAGGGAGCCGGCCAGAAGGAACAAGGAACACGAGGGCAAGAGAGAUCGAGAAACCGCGCGGCCAGUAGCGAUGGCGGACACGCCGUCGCCGACGGCGGCCGCCGAGGCGGGGUCCGUGUCGACGCCGCUGCUGCGGCGGCGGGGCUCGUACACGCGGUCCAUGUCGCACGCGCGUGACGAGCUCCGCAGCUUCCGGUCCUGCCUGCGGUGGAUGUGCGUCGACCACUCGGAGGCCUCCAGCCCCGCGGCGUCCUGGCUCGUCUUCGCCGCGCUCGCCGUGGCCGUCCCGGGCGUCGCGCGCGCCGCGCUGCCCCGGCGCGCCUACGACACGCAGGUGCAGGCAUCGCUCACGCUCUCCGCCGCGCUCGCCUACGCCACCAUCUACUCCCUCGUCCGCCGCCGGGGCCUGCGCCGGCUGCUCUACCUCGACCGCCUCCGCCACGACUCCCAGGACGUGCGCGCCGGGUACAUCGUCCAGCUCGCCGGCUCCUUCCGCCUCCUCGCCUGCUUCGUGCUCCCCUGCUUCCUCGCCGACGCCGCCUACAAGGUGUUCUGGUACUGCGCCAACCGGCCCUUCCCGCUCUGGUGGUCCGCCGCCGCGUGCGCGCUGGAGAUGGCGUCGUGGAUCUACCGCACCGCCAUGUUCUUCAUGGCGUGCGUGCUGUUCCAGACCAUCUGCUACCUGCAGAUCCUGCGCAUGACGGGGUUCGCGCGGGACUUCGGCCAGUGCGCCGACGUCGCCGCCGUGCUGAGGCAGCACCGCCGCAUCCGCGUCCAGCUCCGCCGGAUCAGCCACCGCUACCGGAGGUUCAUACUCUACUGCCUCAUCCUCGUCACGGUCAGCCAGUUCACGGCCCUUCUCGCCGCCACGAGGCCGCGCGCGCAGGUCAACUUGGCCACCGCCGGCGAGCUCGCGCUGUGCUCCAUGAGCCUCGUCACCGGGCUGCUCAUCUGCCUCCACAGCGCGGCCAAGAUCACGCACAAGACGCAGGCGAUCACCAGCGUCGCCGCGGCGUGGCACGCGGACGCCACCAUCAACAGCCUGGACCGGGACCAGGAGAACCCCAGGACGCCCAGCAAGGCGGCGUACCUGCAGCCGCACACCCCCACGAGCCCCUUCCCGGUGGCGAGCGCCUCCUCCGGCGAGGAGUCCGACGACGACGAGUCCCGGAGCGAGGACAGCGUGGACACCUCGAGGUUCGCGUCCUUCCACGUCACCAACAUCUCCUUCCAGAAGAGGCAGGCGCUAGUGACCUACCUGGAGAACAACCCGGCGGGGAUCACGGUGUUCGGCUUCGUCGUCGACCGGACAUGGCUGCACGCGCUGUUCAUGAUCGAGUUCUCGCUGGUGAUGUGGCUGCUGGGGAAGACGAUCGGCAUAUCUUGAAGAAGGGCUGUAUACCUAUGCCACCGUGUAUGAUACAAUCAAGAAUUCAUCGCCUCUUGUGCUGGCCAUAUACUGUAAAGUUCCAUGUAGAU